AGACCACUAAACCAAAAAGAAUACCAGAUAUCUAAUAAUAAAAUUGUCUCUUUCCUGUUUUGACAAAUACCACUUGUGAUUGGAAUAAACAGAAAAUUACUUCAGGCCUAUGUGAUCUGAUUCUCAAUUUUGAAAAUUCGCGAUGUUUUUAGCUGCCACCCCUGGUCCUGACGAUCGCUAAACUGUUCACCAGAGUCAACAGGGAUCACAGAAUGCUGCCCAUUAAGGAAAAGUAUAGGAUGGAGACCAGACCAGCUCAAAUUGAAGGUGCUGCUGUAAGAGGUCCAAACCAGAGUGUAUCGGAAGCAUCUAAUAGGAGGGCUAUGAAAGAUAUUGGUAACCUCGUGGAAGAUACCAAUGGCAAUUGCAAUGUCAGCAGGGAAAAAGUUCUUGGGAAACCACCUCGCCCUUGUGCCACUCGCCGCAUAACGAGAGUUUAUGGAGCUGCAUCCCAUUUCAAUGCACAUGAGAUUCACAACAAAGAAAUAUUCAUAAAUAAGCAACCUCAAGCAGAAGCUGCGAAUUAUCAAUGGAUGGUCAGCAAGAGACAGAAUAUUCCUUUUGCAUUGGUAGAUGCCAAGUGUGGCACAGAAGAUAACUCAAUGAUUAAUGAACAAACGCACAGGGUAAACACAACUCAGAAGCACAAGCUCCAAGCCCUGCCAGGAAAAGUGAAAGCUAAAAUGGCAACUGAAAUCCUCACAUCUCAAAGUGUAUUAAGUGCAUUUUAUGGUGGAUUUGAUGCUGAAAUGACUGAAGCAGAGGACCUCUUGCCUAGUAUUGAUAGACAAGAACUUGAAAAUCAAAUGGCAGUGGUUGAAUAUGUAGAGGAAAUCUACAAGUCUUAUCAUGAAACUGAGAGUAUGAGCUGUGUACCAGAUUAUAUGCCCUCUCAAUUAGAUCUUGCUGGCGAAAUGAGAGCAAUGCUGAUUGACUGGCUGGUUGAGGUACAUUGGAAAUGUCAGUUGAUGCCAGAGACGUUGUAUCUUACCACAAACCUGAUUGAUAGGUAUCUUUCCAUCGAACCUGUUUCAAGGAAAUAUUUACAGCUAGUGGGUGCUACUGCAAUGUUUCUAGCUUGCAAGUAUGAGGAAGUUUGUCCACCAGGGGUUGAUGAUUUGGUGUACUACUCAUCUGGGGCAUAUACAAGACAGCAGCUACUAGCUAUGGAGAAGACCAUGCUAAGCAAACUCAACUUCAUUCUCACAAUUCCAACUCAUUAUGUAUUCCUUACUCGGUGUCUUAAAGCAGCCGACUCUGACAAAAAGAUGGAAAAUCUUGUGUUCUUCCUAAGUGAACUGAGCUUGCUCGAAUAUGUUAUGAUCAAAUUUACCCCAUCAUUGUUUGCUGCUGCAGCAGUCUACACUGCUCGGUGUGCUUUGAAGAAGGCACCAAUCUGGAAUGAUCUACUUACACAGUAUACAGGAUACUCCGAAGCAGACCUCCUGGAAUGUGCAAAAUUGAUGGUUCAAUUUCACCAUAAUUCAGCAGAAAGCUCUCUCAAAGUGGUUCAUGAGAAGUACUCUUCAAUCCAGUUUGGCUGUGUAGCCUUUAUAAGUCCCGCAAAGCUACCUGCACAGAUUUGAUUUACAGUUGCAGAAAAAGUAGCUGGUGAGCAGCAGCAUAGAAGUUACUCAACUCAUUGAAACUCCAGAAAAUGAUGAUUAUUAUGAUGAGCAUUAAAGAUGAUCUCCAUCCUCAAUAAUACUUUUUGUAAAUUUUCUUCCCAUUGUAAAUAGUAUCAGAAUCGAGAAGCAGAACAAUAUAAGACAUAGCAGGUUUUCAAAACCUAAAUCUCCCUGCACCUUCAGCAUAUAUCUUCCUUGGAUAUUUGGUUGGCUCUUUGACAUAGAUGUCCUCACCUGUCUAGCAACCAGACUUUUGGUGAUUGUAAUAAUUCACUUUGUGAAGCCUAGAGAUUUGCUGCCAUUUCUUCUUGAAAGUAAGAAGGAUGUCUUUUAAAAAGGCUUAAUGUAAUGAUAUUUUUGUUUCCCUCUUAAAUAUUACAUUUGAGAAGUCAUACAUAUUUGAACCAGGGAAUAAUGUAUCCUUGUACAGUCCAAAGAGGAAAUACAAAUUGACUAGUUUGUGUA